CUUAAAAUGAGGGCUGGCCCUGGAAGUCUGGAGGAUAACCUGGUUUUAAGUUAGUUUAGCUAGCCAUGGAGAGGUGCCAGGAAGUAAGGACCCUCCUGAAAACCUGGGAGAAGGCAUUCUUUCAAGAACACAAAAGGAAACCCAACAAGAGUGAUGUGGAGUCAGCACCAGAGGAAAUGAAAGAACUCUACCGAGAAUACCGAACCCUAAGAAGAGGCCAGGAGUCAGCAGGUCUUCCACAGCCCAGCAACUCAGGCCAGCAGGAUCCAGCUGUAGAACGGCCUGUUUUCUUCUCUGUCUCCUCUCAACAGAUACCAGAGCUGGAUUGCUGGGGUGCACAUCUGAACAGGAAUAUGACCAAGCCACCAUUGCCUACUCAGACAGCCACCCUCCAGGUGCCUUCACAGUCCUAUGGGAAGAAGCUUAAGUCUAACCUGAAAGCUGCCUUACAGGUAGGACCCUCCUCAGGCCAAAUACCUCGGCUUCCAUGCAGACAACAGCCAAAGACAUGCCCAUCAGCCAAGUCUCGUUUGUCAGUUCCCUUUGCUCCAUCAGAAGUCAUACCCAGUCCCUGUGAAGGAGACAUCGUCAUGCUCAAGCCUUCCAUACCUACCUGGGGCUGUGGACCAAAGUUUAUUCCCCAGCCUGGGAAGCUGAAGCAGUUACAAGAUACCCUGGGCCAGAGGCUGAGCUCCCUGGAUCCUGGCUGGUUGCAGAGGUGCCAGGAUGAGGCCAAGGAGAAGCCAGAAAGGAUAGAACAUUCCAGUUCCCUGAGCUCACCAUCAAGGGCCCAAGAGCCUUGUCCAGAGCAGAAGUGCACAGAAUCCCAGCACCCUGCAGAGACAGAUCUGAGAGUAAUCUUUAACGAUGAUGAUGAUUUCAGUGGUGCUUCACUGCCUGAGAUCCUGACAACAAAGCCAGUCUUUGGCAGCCUCCCUGAGAAGGAAGACACCCCUUCAAUGAGUGAGGUCAGAACAUUGCAGAGAAAUCCCAUUCAGAAGAGACAGAGGGAUGAGAGCCAAGACAGAACUCUGAAGCACCAGAAAAUUGGCACCAAGAAGAUGAAGCUCAGGAGCAAGUCUUCACCAGAGUCUAAUGGGGAGCGUAACAGGGAGUCUGGGAGAGUGGCAGCUCUGGAGAUCCCCAAGGAAGACCUUCUGGGAGAAAUGGUCAUGGAGAGGAUGGCCAAGACUGUCACUGGGACCAAAGCCCCAAGGACUUUCUCUAAGGCCAAUGAUAACUUUGUACGUCUCAACUUAAAGAAGAAAUGUUAUACUAGGGGCUUUGUUCUGCGGGGUAAACACCUCCGUAAGCAGAUAUGGAAGAAGAAGUGGCAGAUGAAAGGCGAGCAGUUUGGGGGUGGCUGGUCCAGAGGUCGGGGUAAAGAAUCCUGCUUCAAAUGUGGAGGCGCUGGGCACUGGGCUUCACAGUGCCCUGGAAGAGCUCUCACCUCUUACCAGUCUUCUGAGGAGGGAGACAGUAAGACCCUAGAAGAGCAGGAAGAGGAGGAGCCCCCCCUUCCCACACUGGAGGAGGUGGCCCAGAGAGUCAGUUCUGCUGCCUGCAGGGACCUUGAGAGUAAGAAGCAGAGCAGGCAAUCUCAGCCGGAAGAGCCGGUGCCCCCAAAAGGGCCUGAGUGCGAGGCCCUCGAGCUUCCCUCUUCCGUGGAGCCAUUGUACAGCUUGGGACCCUCUGGGCAAGUGGCAGAGACCCCAUUGGAAGUAUUUGAGACUCUGACUCAGUUUGGUUACCACACAUUCCGCCCUGGACAAGAGGCUGCCAUUAUGAGGAUCCUCUCUGGCCUUUCCACCCUGGUCGUGCUACCCACUGGCAUGGGAAAGUCCCUGUGCUAUCAGCUCCCAGCCCUUCUUUAUGCCCAACGCAGCUGCUGCAUUACAUUGGUUGUGUCACCCCUGGUGUCACUCAUGGAUGAUCAGGUGUCAGGACUGCCCCCAGGAUUAAAAGCUGCCUGUGUUCACUCCAACAUGACCAGGAAGCAAAGAGAGACAGCCAUGGAGAAGGUGAUGACUGGCAAGGUGCAGGUGCUGCUGUUGUCCCCAGAGGCAGUGGUUGGGGCUGGAGGCUUCAGCUGCCUCCCACCUGCAGCCCGGCUGCCCCCUGUGGCAUUUGCCUGCAUCGAUGAGGCUCACUGCCUCUCCCAGUGGUCCCACAACUUCCGGCCCUGCUAUCUACGGCUUUGUAAGGUGUUGCGGGAGCGUCUGGGUGUGCGCUGCUUCCUGGGCCUUACGGCCACUGCCACCUGUGCUACUGCCAGGGAUGUGGGGGAGCACCUGGGAAUUCCGGAGGAAGCCAUCUUUGGGGCACAUUUGGCCGCCAUCCCCUCCAAUUUACACCUCUCAGUCUCCCUGGAUAGAGACAAGGACCAGGCCCUUGUGAGUCUGCUACAGGGAGAGCGGUUUAGAGAUUUAAGCUCCAUCAUCGUGUACUGUAACCGGAGGGAUGAGACUGUACGUGUGGCUGCCCUAAUCAGGACUUGUCUUCAAGAGUCUUGGCGCCUAGAACCUUCUAAGGACUCCCCAGGACCCAGAGGGCGCCUGCCAGAGGCUGUGGCAGAGGCAUAUCAUGCAGGCCUAUCAGCCUCUGAGAGGCGGCGGGUACAGCGGGCCUUCAUGCAAGGUCGACUUCGGGUGGUGGUAGCCACAGUAGCAUUUGGAAUGGGACUGGACCGGCCAGAUGUACGAGCUGUGCUGCACCAUGGGCUUCCUGGAAGCAUUGAGAGCUAUGUGCAGGAGAUUGGGAGGGCUGGGCGAGAUGGGCUGCCUGCCCACUGCCACCUCUUCCUGCAGCCCCAGGGAGAAGACCUUCGAGAACUGCGCAAACACAUCUACGCUGACACUGUAGACUACCUGACUCUCAAGAAAUUGGUGCAGAGGCUGUUUCCCCCAUGCACCUGUUUAAAGCAGCUCCAACAGCCACAGGUGCUGGAUGCUGAGUUGAAUGAUGGGGAGAUCCUGGAGGCACUGGAGAAAGAGAGCUCUACCCACUGCAGUCAAGAGAUGCAGGAAAUACCCAGCUCAGGAGGAGAGGGUGCACAGAAGACUGGUCCCCAGGAAGAAAGUGAGGUUCCUGCCAGUGUACCGAGAGCCUGCCCAGGCCAUGAACGUGCCUUCUCUAUUCAGCAGAUGGUGGAGACCUUGGACAUGCGCGAGGAGGCCAUUGAGACACUGCUCUGCUACCUGGAGCUCCACCCUAGAAGUUGGCUGAAGUUGCUGGCCCCGACUUUUGCCACUUGCCAUUUGAAAUGCUAUGGUGGGCCCCCGCAGCUCCAGGCCUUGGCCAAGAGGUGCCCCCCUGUGGCUAUGGGCCUGACUCAACAGCAGCCAGCCAAGGCCAAAGGCAGGAAUUCCCUAGACUUCAACGUGGUGGAGCUGGCUGACUCAAUGGGCUGGGAAUCAGCCCUCGUCCGGCGAACACUGAACCAGCUACAAUGGGAAGUGGCUCCUGGAAAGGGAGCUCCUCGUCGUACAGGGAUCCUGGUGGAGUUUAGGGACCUGUCAUUCCAUGUGCGAUCCCCAGGCCUGACAGCCUUUGAGCAGGAUGAAAUUUGUGACUUUCUGCACCAGCGAAUCCAAGCCCGAGAAAAAGAAGCUCUGGCUCAGCUACGGGCCACUUUCCAGGCCUUCCAAAGGGUGGCUUUCCCCAACUGUGGGCUCUGCAUGGAACAUGCAGAUGAAGAAAGGAGUGACCAACUAAAGGCCCUGCUUACCCAUUACUUUGAGGAGGGGACAGAAGCACUUUUUGAAGACCAAUUCAGGGAAGAGAGUGAGCAGAAUCAUGACUUUGGUCAGGCCAGACUCCAAGACUGGGAGAGUUCAAUCUGCUCUGACAUCCGCCAUUUGCUAUCCAUCCGGCAGGAGGAGAAGUUCUCAGGCAGAGCUCUUGCCAGGAUCUUUCAUGGCAUUGGAAGCCCCUGUUACCCAGCAGAGGUUUAUGGAAAGGACCGUCGAUUCUGGCGGAAAUACCUGCACGUGAGCUUCCCCAGCCUCCUCCGCCUAGCCACAAGAGAGAUUCUUGCCUGGAAAUGAAUCUGAAAGGGUCUCAUCCCAUCAUUCCCAUCAGAAAGUUGCUGCCACCCUCAGUGAGAGUUGACUGAUCAGAUGCCCACCUCCUGCUUUCUGCAGGAAAAAGGCAUGUGGUACCAGACUGGAAACACACCCCAACUACCAUUUACUUUCUAAAAGGAGAAAGGACAAUCUUCAAAGCAGAAAAUAAAAG